GCCAAUGAUUUAAACAAGAUUUAGUAAGAAUAUCAGCCUAAAAUCAAAGUGUGAAGUUCACAGCUUAACGUUUGAGUAAGUGAUGAAACUAAAGUCAGUACUUAAAGCAGAGGCCAGCACACAACAAAAAUACAGUUAAACACCUAUGAAUUUUAUUCUAAAGAUACAGACAAAUAAAGAAAAUCUAAUCUAAUUAAUUAAAAAGUGUUAAGAUUGUUUCACUGACAUAUUCUUCCUGUUGUGCAUUUGUCCAGUUUUAAGGACAACCUGCACAGCUUGAAGUUGUCCAUGAUUCUGUUGUUGUGAAAAAUUGCUGGGGCUGGGAUGAAAGUUGUCUUUCUUCAUGCAUUAUUCUGCUGGUUUGUGAAAGCCGCUGCAGAAGAGAGAAAACAUUUACAAAACAACGAGUUCAGUUUCUUGUUUGUUUCUACUUGCAGUCUUGCUGUUGUGGAAGCACAGGCCUGAAAUGCUUCCCUGGUCGUCAGUUUCAGGGGAGGUUCAAAAGCCGUGCGUGCCCUGAAGCAAGGAAGUCUGAGUUAUUGAAAAGAAAUUAGAGAGUAAGGCCCUGCAAUGCCAGAGUCUCCCUGCAAAAUCUGAAGAUUCAGUGGAAGAAGCCAAAAUGGGAGUAGAUUGCUGUGUGUCUAUCUUCAGGGCAGAGGGAGAGAGAUGUUAAAAGGAAUUGUCAUCCAUCACUAUGAACAACAACAUCCUGUGAGUUCGUUUCAAACUUUCUUCAGAUAAGCUGUGCUCCGAGUUCUCCUGAGGAAGGCUGUUCUCCUUGGGGAAGCAUGGCCUUCCGUGGCUGGAGGUGGCUCCUCCUCCUGGGCAGGCAGAACACCCUUGCCAAGGUGUGGAGGAGCAGGAGGGGAGGCCCCUCUGUGUGCUGGCAGCGCUGCUGCCACUGGAGCUCAGGCAAGGCUCUGGCCCCCGAGGUGAGAGCGUUUCUGGAGGAGAACACCGAGGUCACCAACAGCGGGCACCUCACGCCAGAGAUCCGGCUGCGCCUGCUCACCCCCCGCUGCAGGUUCUGGAGAGAGAAACCUGACCUGUGGCCUUAUGGGGACCCAUUCUGGGCCAUUUACUGGCCAGGAGGACAAGCCCUCUCCAGGUAUAUUUUAGAUAAUCCACGCGUGGUUAAAGGGCGAUCAGUUCUGGAUCUUGGAAGUGGAUGUGGAGCAACAGCCAUAGCUGCUGUGAUGAGUGGUGCAUCCCAAGUCCUUGCCAAUGACAUUGACCCCAUUGCAGGAAUGGCAAUGAUCUUGAACUGUGAACUGAACCACCUGGAUCCCUUCCCCAUCACCAUUAAGAACAUCAUUAAUUCAGAGGCUGGCAACUGGGACCUCAUAGUUCUAGGAGAUAUGUUUUAUGAUGAACAACUUGCUGAUGGUCUGCAUCACUGGCUGCAGAAGUGCAUCAGGAUUCACCAGACUGAAGUGCUGAUUGGUGACCCUGGCAGACAUCAGUUUUUAAGCCACAGCAUUCACAGCCAGCUGCACAAAGUUAUAGAAUAUUCACUGCCUGAGUCUACAAGACAAGAAAACUAUGGGCUAACAUCAAGUAUUGUCUGGAGUUAUCAGCCCUCAAACAGCUUAGAUGAUUCUUGAAGCUGCCUUCCUAUUGGGAUUUUGUUUCACUUGAUUGGCUUUUUGCAGGUAUAUAACAUGAAAAUGGGAAUUAAACAGUAAAGCAGCUUACUGUACCUUCACUGGAGUGAUUUCAGUCAUACUCACUGAGGCUUUUGCUCUGUUUGAUGUAAAAGCUACAUGCAAACUGUAUUCAAAGGGGCCUGCACUGAAGUGCAGAUCUACAGACAACUUACAUGUAGGAGUUUGCAUGCUUGAUGUUUCCCAUGUGUAUUUGUGUCCUGCUGACAUUACUGUGAAGUGUUUUGGAUGUCCAGCAUACUGCUGUGGGGAAAGGGCUGUGGCUGAAGGACUACUGCAUUGCUUCUACAGGCUUCUGCACUUAUUUAUAGAAAAUUUCUAAAUAUAGAAAACUAUUGCUGUCCCUCAUAAAAUUCUCCACUAGAUUUUUAGCUCAUAUUAUGCUCAACUUGAAGUGCCUUGCUCUUUUUCUGGGUAUCUCUUCUGAAUGUCAAAGUAACUAAUUUAAAUCUCCCCCUUCCCCUCUGUAAUAAAAAUUUCCUCUUCCUUGAAACUGACAGAGUGAUUAUGUAGGAGUUGCACCCAAAUUUAAACUCUGCUUCUUGACUGCCAGCCAGUGUAAAAGCUGUAAUAAAUGGAAAGUGAAUAAAUAGUA